AUGGCUCUGCGCAAUAUAACCCUCAUCGGCGCGAGCGGGCGCCUAGGCGGCACAAUCCUGUCGGCACUCCUCGCAGAACCCAGUUUUACCGUAACAAUAGUUGCCCGCUCAUCAUCCAAAGCGACGUUCCCAUCCGGCGCCGCCACGCAAAAGGUGUCGGACGAUUUCACGGAAGAAGAACUGAUCCCCGUUCUCCAAGGCCAAGAUGCAGUGAUUACGACCGUCAGCGGCACGAACAGCGCGCUGCAGACGCGGAUUGCCGACGCGGCGCUCAAGGCCGGCGUGCAGCGCUUCAUCCCCGCGGACUUCGGCAGCUUCGACUCGUCUUCCGAGCUCUCGCUGCGCAUGAUGCCGCAGUAUAAAGCCAAAGGCGACGUGCGGGAGUACCUCGAGGGAUUGGCGGAGCGGGACGCGUCUGGCAAGUUUUCCUGGACGGCGCUCGUGUCGGGCCAUUUCUUUGAUUAUCUCGACGGUGGCCUGUUGCAGGUCUUUCCGGACAGGAGCUACGCGCGCAUCUUCGACGGUGGGGACAUCAAAUGGUCCGCGACGACCUUGGAGACGGUUGCGAAGGCGACGGUUCAGGUGUUGUUGAAGGCGCAGGAGACGAGAAACAAGAGGCUUUUCGUUCAGAGUUUUCUCAUCACCCAGAAUCAGUUGCUGGAGGUGUUGGAGAAGGUCACGGAGAGGAAAUGGGACGUCGAACAUGUCGAGUCGGAGAAGUUUAUGGUUGAAACGAAAGCCUUGAUCGAGAGGGAACCCGGGAAUGCUGUCGCCAGGGAGGAUUUGGUUGGUGUCGUGGGUAUUGUUGAGGGCAACUGGGAAGAGAAGGAUUCGUUUGCCAAUGCAUUGUUGGGGCUGCAGGAGGAGGACUUGGAAGAGGUGGUCAGGAAGACUUUGGGUUCUAGUAAAUGA